AUGUCAGAGAAAGACUUGUCUUUCAAACCUCGUCCAACUCCCCGUUUUUCCAGUGACACGGUUGGACAAGGGCAGACCGCAAAGAAGCAUUCUUUCUCUAUGCCUGCCAGAAUGGGACACGAGAAUUCAGAUGGUCCGGAAAGAUUCAUCCCCGGUGCAUUCCCCACCGAUAACUCACCAGCACCCAACAGGCGUCAAGGUGUCAGAGUUGGCACAGGGAUGAUGCUCAAUGACCCGGACGAGGUAGAUAGGACUCAGCUCCCCACCUCAGAGGAGCCUUCUCUUUCCCGCGUAGGUGUAGGGUCGCUUCCAGGAGGUAUCAAGGAACCAGGCGUCGCGAUUUUGCCGGAGGAACGUCUCCACCCUGACCCAUAUCUUCGUGGAUAUACCGCACUCGAUGCCUCUUCCCUUCAGAAGGGAAUCCAGCGCAACCGAACGUACGAGUUACCUACAACCGAGGAGCCGUCCGGUUCUCGGGUUGGAAUAGGAUCAAUGCCAGGCACAAUUCAUGAAGGAGGCGUUGCCACUCUACCUGAGGAACGCAUUGACGGUCGGCCUUAUGGUAGUGGUCACACAGGGUUUGAAAAAACCUUGGGGAAGGGGCAUACUGUUCGACAAGUUCAUCCAGUUCAUGGUACCAAGCCCAAAAAGAAGCACAGCAUUGGUUCCAAGCCAAAGCAAGCCCCACAACAUGCCAAGUCGCCUCCAAAAUCAAACGCUAAAAUCAUUGUGGAUGACCAGGCGCGUCAGGCCCUUCAUGAGCAAAAUCCUAUUCGCCCAUCGCCGUCCAAGAGCAACACUUUCCCCUCUGACGAACGUACUCUUCCGGGGGACACCAUUUUUAGUGCCACUCAGCGAGCGCGUGCCCACGAUCCGAACUUCAUACAUGGUUCCGGUGGCAAACCCGCUUCUCGACCCAUUGAAGAACCCGCCACCACCACGGAUGAUCAGCGGAAGAAGGUGUCACAAAACCUUGCUACUCAAGGUAGUCAGGGUCUGGGGAAUGCUGCACAUGUAGGCUCAAGCAUGUUGCAGAGCGUCGAGGGUGCUGCUAUUGGGGCAUUGCAUGGCGCUGAGCAUGUGUUUCACAACAUCGAAUCAAGUGCCAGGGCCUAUUUCCCUGAUGUCUCGAAGCAAGGGGCGGAGAACAUGCUCCAUAGUCUCGAAUCAGGUGCGAAAGCACAUAUGCCUAGCGUCCCUAGCUACUUCAGGGGAGGAAAUGUUCGUGCCGCGAAGAAUACGUCUCAGGGCCAACAUAGUACUCCUUCGGGGGGUGUCGGUGGGCCAAUGAAUGCAACGGGUUCGGGAAGCUUCACCACGUCAGGCGCUGAUGCCCCACACUCUAAAGCCAAAGAUUUUGCAAUGCCGGACUCUCAACCCAAUCAACACGGUGGCACUGAUGCUUCUGAAACCAUUAUUCAUCGUCCCAGAGGCGUCGAAGCAGAAUACUUCAGAAUCGGCGAGUUUGACAUUUACGGAGAGCGACUUGACACAGACCAGUUCGUAUACGAAGAUGAUAUCACCACAGAGGAGGGCGAUUCUAUCCGGUCUCGGAACUCAGAACAUUUCUUUGCUAAGGCUGAUGCCGACCGAGAUCGUGCUAGCGACCGGGCUCGAGGUUCCUAUGCUCCUGGUGACGGCUCCAAGCGCCAGGGUGAUUCGCCUGAAGUCUUGUAUGGUUACGGAGGGGUCGGAUACUAUAAACAAGGCGGAGAGGGCAUUUUACCUGGUUAUCCCACUCCCGAAGGCAUGAACAAGUUGAUCUCGGACCGACUGAAGGACGAUCAUCUUCGAGCCACUGCAGGUGAUUUAAUUCUUCCAGAUGCGAAUUAUUUUGCUCAAUCACACAUAGGUUCCAACUCGGCCAAAGAAAAGUUCAAUACAGCCAAGUCGGAAGCCGUUCAAGGUCCAAUCAGUGAAGGGAUUUCAGUGGAUACGGAACAUUACGACGAUGAAAUCAAGCACUUACCCACCCCAUCAGUCGUUAAACGUGAUCCUGAGGAAUUGAAGGAAAUUCCGGUUUUUGAAGGAGGUGCUUCUUCUGCGUCAGGAAAAUUCGAAGCUGUGUUUGAAGCUGCUCCCGACGAAUACAAGACACCCACGGACCUUGGGUCGAAAGGAUCUAGCCCGUAUCCUCUUGAAGCCAAGGAGGUUCCCGUUUUCAAGUCAGGAGAACCUACUGCGGUGGGGAAAUAUGAAGCGGUUUUUCAGCCAGCCACUACCGGACGGCGCGUAGAAGGCCCUAAACUCGCCAAGGAAGAGGUCAAGUGGAAGGAGUAUCAAACAUCGAAGAACGUUGCUCCCACUGGGGGUCUGAAAGUUGGAUAUUUGGGGAAGCCUGUCUCCGAGGAAGAAAAAGCACUUGAACUUGAACAAGCAAGACAAGCUGCUGUCCGAAAAAUGGGAAUAGAUUGA